AAAACAGGCCCAUUAAUCUAGAUCAAGCCCAAAGUUCACACGCGUUUAAGAAACGGACGGCUCUGAUUUCUUUUCCUCUUUCCUAAGCGGUGCUGAGAUUAUAAAAACCCUGGUCGAGUUUUUGAACAUAGAGGAGGAUAGCAGAAACUCUUGAGAAGAAACAAUGGCGUUGAAGUUUCUAAACAAGAAGGGGUGGCAUACGGGAAGUCUCCGUAACAUUGAGAAAAUAUGGAAAGCUGAGCAGAAGCACGAAGCCGAGCAGAAAAAGAUUGAGGAGCUUCCUCUCCAAAUCCAGCAAGAGAAGGAGCGUUCUGAAUUUCGCGCUAUCAAAGAACUGGCCGGUCUCGUUCCGAGGAGGCCAGAGAGAUUAGAGUUCUUGUAUGAUAUAGAAUUAUUAGGAGUGAAAGAGAAUGCCAAUAGUUCAGGACAUGGUGUUUCGUUUCAGAAUCAAGAUCAGCGAGCCAGAGCUGAUGCUAGUAGUGUCAGUAGCAGCAAUAAGAAGAAGAAGCAGAAGCAGUCGCUUCCUGGUGCGUUGUUUGAUGAUGAUAAGACAAACUUUGCCAAUGAUUCUUGGCGCAAAUUCAACUCCGACCCUUUGCUUAUCAUCAGGCAGCAAGAGCAGGAGAGCUCGCAAAUCUGUAAGUGUUCCCUUUCAUUCUUUCGUUACUCCAUUCAUGUGUCCUGCUUGUGUGUCUGUGAGUGGUUACAGUUUUGGAUAGUAUUGGAUUUCGAUUCUGCUGCUGACCUGUUGUGGUUCUUCUUUAACAGGUGAAAAGAAAAGCGAGAGGAUAGAGAUGGAUAGUUGAACGAGCACAUGAGAAAACAUCGGUGUAGAGUGUAAAGACAUCGCAAGUUAUCUUCUUCGGGUGUUGAAUGUAAAGAAAACAAACACAGCUUUCGUUUGAAUAUAAACAAAAUCUUUAAUUGCUCUCUCUACUUCAGAAAAUAGUGAUGAUUUUGAGGAGAUGUAUAGAAACAUUACUCUCUAGUGAAACACACAAGCUU